AAGGGCCCGACUUAGCUCAGUCAUGAGGAAAAAAUCCUGGAACUCGGAAGCUCGAAUCCCAGCCACGUCCUCCCAUGGCGACCGGUCUCCUCGCCUCCGCUGCCGCUUCCGCUUCCGCCGCCUCUCGCCUCUUCCAGCCCUCCCGCCGCCGCCUCCGUGGACAAUAUCCCGUGCUCGCCUCGUCGCGCACCGCCACUUUCCACGGGCGUGGCUCUGGCGAGGCCUGCUCGUGCUCUCCUGGGCCGCCGCUCGCCGCUCCUGCGGAGCGAGGAGGCGGUGGCGCUGGACAGGAUAUGGCGCCGGAGGGGACCGUACGCAUCGUAUCCGUGGUAGGUGAAGGUAGCGUCAGCCCGAUUAAGGAUGCGCCCUGGGAAGAGGUCAUGCGCCACACGGCUGAUAGGCUAAAGUGGGUCGAUGAGGGAUUCGAAAUGCUUGUCUUCACGGACAACUCAAUUGAGCACGAUGAUCUCAAGAAAGAGUUAUCAUGCUGUGAUAUGCUAGUCAAUGUUGGAAUAACAAGUGACAAGGCUGUUAAUUGGCUUAGAAAUAACAGUAAAGACAUUUCCAAUGUGAUCUGCUUUCAGUCAUCUCCAUCCUUAGUGAACAAGCUAGGUGGCACACAUGUUCGAUACACUGGAGAGCAGGACAUGUUUGGCAAGCUAGCCAAUAUCGGAAAACCAAGUGGCGCAAAGGAAUCAGCUGAAAUUCUGAAGACCAUAUCUAAUGCUUGGGAGAGACACAAUUCAGAUGACAUUAGAUUUUGCUUGCUCGUUGUAAUUAAUGCACACAUAAGACCAGUUGCUAUGCUGAAAAAUCUAAGGGCAAAAGGCCUUUCUACCCUAAGCUGUAUGAUAAGAAACUGUGGUCCACAAAUACUUAAUUGCUUGUUCGAUCCUUACUGUAGGAAGGCCCUUCAGUGUUUGAAUUCAUGCUCUCCAACUGAUCAAGUAUGCAACUAUCGCUGCAUUGCAUCAUAUGAAAGUCCGUAUCUGGAGGCCUUUUCUCUCUGUGUUUUGCAAAAGAACAAUUGUCUUGACCUCAAUGCUGAGAUACCCGGUAAACCCAAUGUAACACCGCUAACCAUGUUCAGAGAACAAAAACUAAGCCAUGAAGUUGCAGAAGACCUGUUCAUUGGUUGGCUGGACAGCAUGGAAUGGAGUUGGCGAGUGGCAGCUGGACAAAAUCCCGCAUAUGAUCAAUUCCCAUGUCAGUACCAAUUAUUCUACAGAGGAAAAGCUAAAGGUUCAUUUUGGUAUGAGCCAGUUUUUCAGGUCAAAACCCUGGAAGGGAAGCUAGUUUGGAGGCGCAGAAAGUAUCGUGUGAGAAGAGCUAGCAGCCCUGGUACAUUUCACUUCAGUGUGUUGGAUAAUGGUGUGGUUUCAAAAGAAUUUUGGACAAUUGUUGAUGUUUCAGAUGAUUUCAGCUGGGGUCUGUUCCAUUAUCAUGGUGCAGCACAGGCUGCUGGGCUAGCAUACACUGGAGCAGUGCUUGUUACCCCAGAUGGGUCUUAUCCUGAUGUAGAAAACCCAAGAUUGGCCUCUGCUUUAGAGAAAUGUGCGAUAAAGAAAUGGGAGGUUUACACGGUUGAUAACUGUUCCUGCAUGGGUGCGCCACUGGGAACUCCUGAAGGUUCCAAGCUGCAUUAUCAGAUUGCUCCAGGAAAAGAAACUGGUAUUUUGCAGAGAAGAUGAUCAUGUAUAAUGUUUUCAAGUGACAACAAAGGGGCCAUUUCAUUCCCAAAUUAUUUUCUCAUCAUCUCUUGCGUACAAAGAUGCAAAAAAAAAAAGCAAGUGAACUGGUAUCGCCGAAGGUUGAUUUUGUAUGUAAUGCACAGGCCUUAGCUAUCUUUACAGCACCAGGUCACACAGUUUGUGAUGGCAAACGGUCAUUUUUAUCGCCAAUGUAGAGAUGCAAUACUCAUAACAGGAUUGAAACAUGUCUUCCUUCCAUUGUUGUGGCUGUCCCAAAUCUCUAUAUAACUCAGAGUUCUGGUUUUGCUGAUGUAAAUUUAUCUUGGUGUUUAGUAAUCUAUGCUUGAGUACUUGUAUUAGUUGUAUAAUAGUAAAUUACAUCUGAUUUAGUGAUGCUCUUAUCUUCCUUGAUGA